CUCCGCCGCAGCCCGGCCUCCCACCUGGUGCCAGGUGCCCACCCGCCAUCUUCUACCGGACCCCCGGCGCCCUCCGCCCCGUCCCGCGGCCCGGGGCUGCCCGGCGGCGCCCCGCGGGAGCUCAGCUCAGCUCAGCUCAGCUCGCCAGGGCGGGGCUUGUUUUCUCGUCCCCGAUCCUCACGGAGAGGCCCUGACGUGUUGCCAUGGCCGAGGGAGCCGCGGCGGCGGCGGCGUGCUUCAGCGAGGAUGAUUUUUACUGUCCCGUCUGCCAGGAGGUGUUCAAAACACCCGUGAGGACUGCGAACUGCCAGCACGUGUUUUGCAGGAAGUGCUUCUUGACAGCUAUCAGAGAAAGUGGAACGCAUUGUCCUCUCUGCCGGGGGAGCGUGACUAAAAAAGAAAGAACAUAUCCCAAAAGGGCUCUAGAUGUUGAAAACAGUAUGAAGAAAGCUUCUGGGGGCUGUAGAUGCUGUGAGAAGCAGGUUAGAUUUUCAUGGAUGAGACAGCAUUAUAAAACGUGUAAGAAGUAUCAGGAUGAAUAUGGUGUUUCUUCUAUUAUUCCAAACUUACAGAUUUCCCAGGAUUCAACAGGGAACAGUAGCAGGAGUGAUGCAAUAUCUGAUAAUGGCGAGAUGGCUAAUAAUCAAAUACUUCAAGGAGAAACAAGUGGACACCCAACCUUCAAAUGCCCCCUGUGUCAGGAAGCCAAUUUUACCAGACAACGCUUGCUGGAUCACUGUAAUAAUAGACAUCUUUAUCAGAUAGUUCCUGUAAUCUGUCCUAUUUGUGUAUCUCUUCCUUGGGCAGAUACUAACCAAGUUACUAGAAAUCUUGUUAGCCAUCUAAAUCUAAGACACCGGUUUGACUACGGAGAAUUUGUGAAUCUUCAGCUUGAUGAAGAAGCCCAAUACCAAAAUGCAGUUCAAGAAUCCUGUCAUGUGAACUUUUAAAGUAUAGCCCCCCUUCAUCUUACUGAUGGUCUGAGAGAAAAAUUACAUUAAUUCUGUUGGUGAUCUGAAGUGUAUAUUAAUAAAAAUGGUAUUCAGUAACCACUUUUCAGGCUUAACUUUUUUCCACACUCACAAGGACUUUUCAUAAAUGAUUUUGCUGAAACUCAAACUGGACAUCUUUACUGAGAUCUGUCCCUGUGGAGUUAAGGACCUAUUUGGAACUUCUCACUGUUGUCUUGAUUUUCUCUAACUUUUACUACUCUGUUAAUUACAUGGUUUCUUUUAUUAAUGUCAGAUAUUUUAAUUCACCAAAACUGACUUUGAAAGUAUCUUUAGGAAGACAUGCAGAAAUGCUCUGUUGCACUGUUGAGUUUCUUUAAGUUCAGCUGUCAUCUGCUAAGAUAUCUAUGAGAUUUUUUUUUUUUUCUCCUCCUGCCCAAGGACAAAGUUUUAUUUGAUGUUGUGAUCUGUUUUUUACUGUUACUAUGUGAAUGAAAAUAACAACUUAAGAAAUAAAAAUAUUUGUUUUCUAUAGAUCAACAAUGCAGAGCAGGUUUUUUUUUCACCUUUCCUUGAGAAAGAAUGAUGUCAUUGCCUGGGAAUAAUUACAUCUAUUUUUUCCCCUUCUGGAGCAUAACUGAGCUAGGACGCUUGCUUACUAAAAUGAUGGGUGAGGAGUUUUCCCUGUAAUCCCAGCUCCUAAGGAAGGUGACAUACUUUCUGAGCAGUUCAAGAUGACAUGCAAAAGGUAUACUUUUUCGGUACGUGACUGUGACCAGCUAGUUUUUAAUUUUGUUGGAGCUUUUUAAGAACUUCUUAAAGUUGUUGCAUUUGGAAUUCAAGUUUU